GUAGCUGGUUGAUCAGCUAAGCGGGGGUGAGCACAGUGUUUGUCUCUCUGCAAAGAGCAGUGCAGCACCCAGGGCUCCCAGAGGAGGACCACAUCUGAGCUGGGGCCAAUGCAGAACGGGGAAACUAUGAGCCCGCAGGACUCCAAGGCAACAGGGUCCGAAGCCAUGGAGGCGCAGAAGGCCCAGAACCAGAGCCAGAACGACGGGUGUGCGGAGCCCACAGCGCCUCCGCUUCCUCCUCCUUCACCACCACCACCAGGGCCGCCAGAAUACCCGAGACCGAGGCUCAUCUUCCACACCCAGCUGGCUCAUGGGAGUCCCACAGGCCGCAUCCACGGAUUCACCAAUGUCAAGGAGCUGUACGCCAAGAUUGCAGAAGUGUUUAACAUCUCCCCUUCAGAGAUCCUGUUCUGCACACUCAACUCUCAUAAAGUAGAUAUGCAGAAACUACUGGGGGGACAGAUCGGACUGGAGGACUUCAUCUUUGCCCACGUCAGGGGAGAAACAAAAGAGGUGGAGGUGACAAAGACAGAAGACGCACUGGGCCUCACCAUCACAGACAACGGAGCUGGAUAUGCUUUCAUUAAGAGGAUAAAAGAAGGCAGUACUAUAGACCGGCUGAAGUCUGUAUGCGUCGGGGACCACAUCGAGGCCAUUAAUGACCAGAGCAUUGUCGGCUGUCGGCACUACGAGGUGGCUAAGAUGUUAAAGGAGCAACCGAGAGGUACACCCUUCACCCUUCGCCUGGUCGGGCCCAAGAAGGCCUUCGACAUGAUUGGAAUGAGGACCAGAGCGCCGAAAUCUAGCGAGGGCAAGAUGGUGAAUGGACGGGAGACGCUGCGUCUUCGCUCCAAGGGUGCUGCUACAGUUCAGGAAGUGCAGACCGAGUUUGAAGAGCGGGCCACCAGGAAGGUGGACGACCUGCUGGAGAGCUACAUGGGCAUCAGAGACCUGGAGCUGGCAACCACCAUUGUGGAAGCAGGCAAAGACAAGAAGAACCCGGAUGACUUUGCAGAGGCCCUGGACUCAGUUCUGGGAGAUUUUGCGUUCCCCGAUGUGUUUUUGUUUGACGUGUGGGGCGCUAUUGGAGACGUCAAGAAUGGCAGAAUCUAAACACUUACUGUUAAGACAAAAGUGAGAGUGAGCUCUGUCCUCUGACACACACACAGUGGGGGAGAGAGGAAUAUUUGAAUGUUGCCCUCCCCGUCUUUGCAGACAUUUCAGCCUUUUAAGUCCGAAUGUAUUGUUCUGCUUCUCCAUUAACAACGGCCUAUUCAAGGUCUGCAUGCGUGAUUUAUGUUGAAUGAUGUCUGCACGCAUGCCGUCACUACAUUCCUAUGCAAUCAGUUCAGUUUUAGUUUUUUUUUUAAAUAAUGAAGUGGCCCCAGCAAAAUUAGAACUUCAAAGAAAAAUAAUUUCCGUUUAGAAUUUUGUUUUUAAGUUAGUUACUGGUCUUGACUUGAACUUGCAGACACUAUCCGCUGCGAGUCAUUUAUCAAACCUAUCAUCUGAAAAUUGAAUCGUCUGAGAGUGACGAUCAAGGGAGCAAUCUCCAGCUGACAAACACAUGCUCUGCAAUUAAUUUUUUUCACGUGAUCAACAAAAAACCCUGCCCGUAAUCCCCAUGAUAAAAAUAAUAGUAAAAAAACCAAAUAAUAUUAAGGCAAGUUAGCGUGCAUGUAAAGCUUUUCCUCGGAGUUCCCCGUGUUGAUUUAUGCCUAAAAAACUGAAGGUCUUCAUGGUCACAUACAUUAUUAAAAUAACUCCAAGCCUUCCGCAGAGCUCUUAGGAAGCAGCCCUGGUUUGUUUCAAAGAGAGGAUGUAAAUAUAUUAGACUGGGUUGUUGCACUCCUUGUAUUUCAGUAUCACAGUUUGUCUAGAAAGGAAGGGUAUGAAACUGUACGUGAGAGUGUUCUGACUCACCAAACAAUGUGAAUAAGGGGUUAAGUCCUAUUCUUUGCGCACAUGGAAACAGGCAAAUUGACGGAUUUCAAAGAGAGAUUCGACUCGCCUCGUUUUACACCAGUAUUUGUCUGAUGGUGACGUCUUGUUUUUUCACACUUUGCGUAUGAUUGCCCUUCUGAAAAUGUUUAAAUUGUCAGUAAAUAAGGUUGAAAUCA